CUUCCAAGUUCCCGACAACUAAAAACUCUGCGCCUUACAGUUAAUUUCUUACCAGUUCAUGGGGGUAAAAGAAGUGCCACAGCCACAUUUGGGUUUAGCAUUUGGAUUGAUGUAUACAAAGUUACCAUCUAAACUUUUUUUCAGCUUUAGCCUUAUAGUCAAUUGUAGUCCCUAAGACAUGCAUUAUGAACUUAGAGUCAACCAACAGCUUAAACUCCCUUUUUCCUCAACCACCUCAUCCAAAUCCCCCUUUCUCAUCAGCAUCAGCAUAAAGCACGUCGAAUUCGAAGCCGCGGCAGCCGCCCGAUGUCAGAUCAAGUUUAGCAAAAGGGCGGGCGCUGCAACACUUCUAAUUGUCGCCUUAUUUCGGAGGCCGCUGCCUCCGUCCUCUUGCUUUCUGUCCAACUUUCUCUUUUUAUCAUCAUCAUCAGCAGCAGAAUCUGGUGCGGAGAACAAGCCACGGAAGCUCCCCGGCAUCGCAGCAGCAAAAGGGCUCGGCUGGUGCGGGAAUUUGGAAGCCGCGGACCCUGUAAAGGUCAUCAUCAUCACUUGCUAAGUGAUCGCAGGUGCCUUCUUCUCAACAGCUGCUUUUGAAACUGAAGAAAAUGAUGCCAAAAAUGCCCAUCCUCCUCCGGCUUUUUAUAGCUAGAAUAAUGUUUCUUUGAUCAGUGAGUUUGUGCCUGAGGGAAAUCGGAAGGAUCAUGGAGAACAACCAGGGGUUUAAUGGACAGGGAAGAAUUUCAUUAGAAAUCUAUCUUCUUUAUCAUUACAGUGACCUCCACAAACAUUUUGUUAUAAUUAACAAACAUACCAUAUACCUAAAACCAAAAAAAAAGAAUAGACAUGUAUUGUCUUGACUAUUCACUUUCAAACAUGCCUAAAAUCAAAAUCCUAAAAUCAUUGAAAAUCCAGAAGUCGUCUAAAGACCAGAAACCCAACGAAUUACC